UCAUCUGAUCAAGGGAGAUAUUGAAAAAUUCAUAAUAAAUACAUCCCGAGUCUUGAAAUUUUACUGAUUUUAUUUUAAAUACACAUCACUGAAUGAGAUAUGGAUGAAGAGAGCUUAUGCGAUAGCUUGAUCAUUUGGCUGAAUACAUUUGAAAAUCUUGAAGCUGCGAAGUCUAAUGCUGCAGAAUUAAGUGAUGGAGUGGCUAUGUGUCAAUGUCUUGCUGCUAUUGCCCCUGAUUGGUUUGAUGAUGAAUGGAUGUCAAAAGUGAAAAGAGAUGUAGGAGAUAAUUGGAGAUUGAAGUGUAGUAACCUAAAGAAGUUGUUAAAAGGAAUUAUGGAUUAUUAUACUGAGGUUCUUAAUAUGGAUAUUGUUGGUUUUACUUUGCCUGAUGUUUCCUGCAUCGCCGAGAAACAUGACAAGGCAGAAUUAGGAAGAUUACUGCAACUUAUAUUGGGAUGUGCUGUCAACUGUGAUGAGAAACAAGAAUAUAUCCAAAACAUCAUGCAAAUGGAAGAAUCUGUUCAACAUGUUGUCAUGAAUGCAAUUCAAGAGUUGAUGGCAUGUAAAGAUGUUUCAAGCCCUGUUGAUAAUGAUACAUUCAAAGAUCUUGAAGUUCAGCAUAAAUCAACCCUUGACCAAUUAAGUUCAGUUUUGGCUCAAAAAGAAGAAAUCUCACAAAGAUGUCAUGAACUGGAUGAGCAGUUAUCCUUAUUGCGAGAGCACCAUUCCACACUCGAGACAGAGAAUGAAAUACUGAGAAGACAGUUGAAUAAAAGAAGUGACGAUAAAAGUCAAUCUGGAAAUUCAAACGAACGUGUGAACCAGCUUCAACAACAACUUGAACAACUUAAAGACCAAAACUUCUCACUUGAAUCAAGUCGAGAUGAAUUUCGAAUAAAAUGCAGCACAUAUGAGAAAGAAAAUUUGGAUUUAAGUGAACGAAUAGAACAACUUCAGAGUCUCGCUGAAGAAUCCCAACAGUUACGAGAUGAAAUGGAUGUUCUUCGUCACACUCAAGAGAAAGUCGCAAAGUAUGAAUCCACUAUUGAUUCGUACAAAAAGAAAUUAGAGGAAUUGACGGAAAUGAGGAAACAAAUGAAGACAAUGGAAGAGAAAAACGCUUCAUAUAUGCAGCAAACUAUUGAUUUGCAAGAAGAUUUAAGGAAAGCGAAUGCUUUAAAAACACAGCUUGAAAACUACAAGAAACAGGUUCAUCAAUUACAAAACUCGGUAUCUGAAAAUGAAAGACGCGCAGAUAAGGCGGACUUUGAAUCCAAGCGAGCUAAAGACAAACUAGUUCAGCUUCAAGGAGAAAAUGAGCGGUUAAAACAAGAAAGAAAUGCUCUCAGGGAGAAAAAUGAAGAACUUACUCUAAGUGAAGUAUCCAGAACAACUGGCGAGAAACCCACAUUGUCCGAAGGCUCGGAUGGUGAUGGACUAUUUAUGGCGGAUUUACCGCCCGAGGCAAGAGAGAGGAUUAUGUUACUUGAACAUCAAAAUAAAAAACUAAAAGAAGAAUCAGCGGGACAAGAAUCUGAAGAGACUCAGUUAUUAAAGAGUUUGCUGGACGACGCCAAUGCAAGCAAAGAACAAUUGAAAAAAGAAAUGAGGGAGUUGAAUCAACGUAAUAUGGAGCUGGAAAGUGAGUUAGAGGAAAUGAGAAAUCAGCAAAGCAGUCUACGAGAGGAGAAAGAAAAUGAACUACAGCAAAAAUACAUGGACCAUUUACAAAAAUUGAAAGACGCGAACGAUGAACUUCAAAAGAAAAAGACGUACAUGGAGUCCCUUGAACCCCGAAGCAAUGCAACAGCGGAAAAGGUAAAUGAGUUGCAAGAACAGUUGAGCAAAAAAGAUCAGGAAAUGAAAGCAAUGGAAGUAAAAUACAAGAAAUAUUUAGAAAAAGCAAAAAGCGUCAUCAAAACAUUGGAUCCAAAACAAAAUGGUCCAGGAAAUUCACCAGAGAUCGAUACAUUAAAGAAUCAACUUCAGGAAAAAGAAAAAUUCAUCGAGCAUUUAGAGCGCGAUCAGGAAAAGAUGAAACUAACCCGUGAACGGGAAGAAAAGUUGAUGGUAACGGCCUGGUAUGAAAUGGCGAUGCAGUUACAUAAAAAAGCGGCAGAGGAGCGACUGUCUGGUAGCGUAGGAAUGUCAUUUUUAGCAAGACAACGUCAAGCAGCGGGACGAAGAUCUUUAACAUCAAAUACAAAACAGGCACAGACCGCAUCUCCACGAUAAUGAGAUAAUUGCGGUUCAAUAUCCGUCAUCUGCAGAUGCAAUAAAAUUAUACGACAUUAUACAACAACAAAUGUUUGGAUGAAGUAUAGUUGUGUUGGAUCAUCUUGUUUGAAACACUGCAUUCAGACUAGGAGCAAAAGCACCGCGUGUCUCGUCUGAUCAAUUUUAUAGUUAUAAAUUAUAAACUAAUAUUUUGCAUAGUGUCUAUAUACUUCUAACGUAAAUACAAAUGUUCUUAUACAUAUAUAGCUUAUAUAUAAUAGACAUAUGGGACUAAACUUUGUAUAUUUUUAGUAUAAAAAAUAAAAU